CCAUUAAAAACAAAAUUAUAUUACAAAACAGCAAAUACACAUCCAUGGUUUCCUCAACAAAGCACCACUUCUUUUUCGUGCUAAUAACAUUUAUAAUUCUCCUCAGAACUUCGUUAUCAGUCGGGCACAUUUCUUCUGCCGAUGGAGAAUUACCGUUCUCACCUAAACAUGUUGUGAUCAUCAACAAGUUGACCUCACGUGCAGGAUUGGUCUUGCACUGUACGAACAAAAAGAAAGAUUUGGGGUUUAAAGCGAUCCUUGUUGAUGAAAGUUUCGAUUUCACAUUUCGUGUCAAUCUACGCAAAACAACGCAAUAUACUUGCACUUUCUCGUGGGCCGAAUAUGUUAAGACGUUCGACAUCUUUAGGGCAGAUAGAGACGAUAGUACAAAAAGUAAGAUUGGAAUAUGCAGAGAAUGUGUUUGGCAUAUUUCUGAGACAGGUCCAUGUCGUGUUAGAAGCGAUGGAGGCGCUCCGUUCUGUUUUCCAUGGGCUUCUUAAUCAUAUCAAAAUUUAUUGUAUCUUUCUGAUCAUAUUGUUGUUUUAGAAUAUAAAUAAAUAAACAUA